ACAGCCACCCAUGAAAGAGAGAAGAGACAGAGAUCCCAUGCGUGGUGGGCAGGCCUCUCUCUCUCUCUAAAGAGUCAAGAAGACAUCUCUACUUUCCUAUCACGCAAUCACGAGGGAUCCCUGAAUUUACAACUUUUGCCUACAAUCACACACACACACCCUCUUCAACAAAAAGUUGGCCAACCCACCAAAAAAUCAAUCUCUCUCUCUCUGACUGAAAAAUAUAGAAAAAAAACAACAGUAAUUGAGAUGAACUCUCUCUCUCUAUCUCUCCAUAGAACAAAUGUUACUGAAGUAACAACCAACACUAACGACCAUGGCUUCCCGUCAAAAGCCACCUGAGACAAACAUCAGCACAAGGCUUAACCAACUUUAAAAACACUGAAAAAAUCCAUGGCUUCCUUCUUUUGUCUGAACAGUGAGCCGAGGAGAACUUCCACCCGCUCCUCCAAUGCCCAAAGCUUUGUUGGGUGUCUCUGGUUUUUCCAGAGAAGCGGCAAAAAGGGAAAUGUGGGCCUUCCUGAAGCUCUCAGACUCAAUUAUGGUGGUGGUGGUGAGGAGUAUAAUUUGGAUAGGAGGUGUAGCAGUGUUGAAUCAUGGACCAUGUUCUUGGAAUAUGAUAUGGGCGAUCAACCUGCUGUUUCAGAGGGGGCUGGAGAAGAAUGGAGGGCUGAUAUGUCGCAGUUGUUUAUUGGGAAUAAGUUUGCUUCUGGUUCUCAUAGUAGGAUAUACAGGGGGAUUUAUAAGCAAAGAGCAGUUGCAGUGAAAUUGGGGAGAGUUCCUGAACAAGAUGAGAACACUCGAGUGUUGCUCGAAAAGCAAUUCUCUUCGGAGGUUGCUUUGCUUUCUAGGCUUUUCCACCCCAAUAUUGUUGAGUUUAUUGCAGCUUGCAAAAAGCCUCCAGUGUAUUGCAUAAUCACGGAAUAUAUGUCUCAAGGCACAUUAAGGAUGUUUCUCCACAAAAAGGAGCCAUAUUCUCUCCCAAUUGAGAUGAUUUUAAGAUUUGCUCUCGAUAUUUCUAGGGGCAUGCUCUACCUUCAUUCUCAAGGUGUUAUCCACAGAGACCUCAAGUCAGAUAAUUUGCUCCUUAAUGAUGAGAUGUGUGUCAAGGUUGCUGACUUUGGUACCUCCUGCCUUGAGACUCAAUGUCGGUCCACCAAAGGAUUCAUGGGGACGUACAGGUGGAUGGCUCCCGAAAUGAUCAAGGAGAAACCCUACACGCGGAAGGUUGAUGUAUAUAGUUUUGGCAUUGUUCUUUGGGAACUUGCAACUGCUUUAGUUCCAUUCCAAGAAAUGACUCCUGUACAGGCUGCUUAUGCAGUGUCACAUAAGAAUGCUCGGCCCUACUUACCAGCCGAUUGUUCUCCGGCACUGGCCAACCUUAUAAGGCAAUGUUGGUCUAGAAAUCCCGCUAAGAGACCAGAUUUUAGCUCCAUUGUUUCAGUGCUAGAGAGAUUUGAUGAAUGCCAGAGGCAAACUAAGUCUCUCCUCUCAAAUACUAAGGGGCCUAACAGCUAUGAGCUUUUCAGGAACUUCAAGAGCUGUGUCACCUCGAGUUCAUCUGAACCCAUUCAUUCCUGAGCCUAGGGGUGGGGCUUGUGCAUACUUACAUAGUGGUGGCUGAUUAGUUCCAUUUAUUGUGUAUAUACCAAAACUAGUUGCUAUUUGUGAUUUUUUUUUCCCACUGCCCUUCUAGGUGGUACAUAUAAUGAAAUUGCUUGCUGUAGGGUGCCUUUUUGUAGACUCUAACAUGCACAUAGGGGCUUAUGUUCUUACAAAUUAAACCCCUCAUUAGGAGUACUGUAUUUAUGGGACCACAUGCCAUAUUUCAUUGCUUGGACAACAAAAAACCCAGUAUUUGUUGGCCAUACUAACCCUUUUCUUUUGCCAAAAAUGGAAUUUUGGCCUUCCUAACUGGGGGUCCUGUGUCAGGAUCCUCAAACUCCUUGUGCAAGCUUAACCUUUUUCUUUGUUUUUUUUCUUUAUUCAAGGGAUAAUAGAGGUAGACUAAUAAAUGAGAAGGAUUCUAAGAGAGCAACUCAAUUGUAAUUUGAU